CCGGGGGGCUCCGGCCCCUGGAAGCGUCGCGUGGGGGUUGUGGCCGCCAGAGGUGCCCGGUGGAGGAUGGAGAACGGGAGGGGUGCCCCAGAAAGGCCCCUUGGAGAGGAACUGGGCUGUGUCCGCUUGCUGAAAUAACAAAGAGCUUCGUAAUAUCUGGAAAGCUGGACAGGGUGCUGCGACAGGGGGUUCCCCAGAGCCUGACUGACUUUGUCUGCCUCAUGCGUGAUUCUGCUUUAUCGCUUCUCAAGCUAUGUCUGGCUCAGGGGGGAUUCUGUCGCACAUGAAGCCGAUACGUGAGGCUUUCAGGUGACUCGAGACUCCUUGUUGUUCGGGCCAAGAAAAGAGUUCAGGCUGCUGCAAACCCCCCUGGGAGAUAGCCUUCAAUUUUGUCAAAAUGACUGAGAGAUCUGAUAUUCUUCAUUUCCAGUUUGAUAACUAUGGCGACUCAAUGCUGCAGAAAAUGGACAAGCUGAGAGAAGAGAACAAGUUUUGCGACAUCACAGUCCGCAUUGACGAUCUUGAAAUUCACGGCCACAAGAUUGUGUUUGCUGCCGGCUCUCCCUUCUUACGGGACCAGUUCCUCCUGAAUGACUCCAGAGAAGUUAAAAUUUCCAUCUUGCAGAGUUCUGAAGUAGGAAAGCAGCUGCUCCUGUCCUGUUACAGUGGCAUCCUGGAGUUUCCCGAGAUGGAGCUGGUGAAUUACUUGACAGCCGCCAGCUUCCUUCAAAUGAGCCACAUUGUGGAACGCUGCACACAGGCCCUCUGGAAGUUCAUCAGGCCAAAGCAUCAACUGGAGAAAAAAGAACCAAGUGAGAAACAGACUGAGUCUUCAGAACCAAAGGGACCACCACCACCCGCAGCAGCAGAGGAAGAGGAGGAGGAGGAGGAGGAGGAGGAAUCCUUGCAACCAAAUUCCCCUUGCAUUCAGCCCUCGGAGGACAGUAUGGAUAUGGAUGAUAGCGAUAUACAAAUAGUGAAGGUAGAGUCCAUAGGGGAGGUUGCUGAUGUCAGAAACAAAAAGGAUCAGAAUUCCUUUAUUUCUUCAGAACAAAGCACUCUUCAUUCAUCCGAACCUCAGCACUCCCUCAUCAAUUCCACAGUGGAGAACCGAGCCAGCGAAAUGGAGCAGAGCCAGCUCCAUAACUAUUCCCUCUCAUACUCAGGGGGUGAGAAUGUCUUUGCAUUUGGCCCCAGCAAUCGAGGGGUAGAUAAAGGGCUCCAGUGGCACCACCAGUGUCCCAAGUGCACCCGUGUGUUCCGGCACCUGGAGAAUUAUGCCAAUCACUUGAAAAUGCACAAGCUGUUCAUGUGCCUGCUUUGUGGCAAGACUUUCACACAGAAAGGCAACCUCCACCGGCACAUGCGGGUGCAUGCUGGGAUCAAGCCCUUCCAGUGUAAGAUCUGCGGGAAGACCUUCUCUCAGAAAUGCUCACUGCAGGACCACCUCAACCUGCACAGCGGGGACAAGCCCCACAGGUGCAACUAUUGCGACAUGGUCUUUGCCCACAAGCCAGUCCUGAGGAAGCACCUCAAACAGCUCCAUGGCAAAAACAGCUUUGACAAUGCCAAUGAGAGGAAUGUCCAAGACAUCACAGUGGAUUUUGAUUCCUUCGGCUGCAGCUCUGCAGUGGACUCGAAAGCCUGCCUGCAAUCCGAUGCCAGCCAGGUACUAGAUGGGGGAAAGCUGGCACAGGCAGUGCUGAGUUUACGGAGUGAUGGUGCUUGUGUCAAUUAGAGCAAUCUCUUUCUGAGCAACAGAGUAAGAAGAAAUAUACAGAUCUGAUGUGGAGUUUUAAUUGGCCAUCAGUUGACAGGUCCCAAAAGUUCUGUUGAAUUGCAAGAGGUGAACAAGGAAUAGUAGCAAGAGUCCACUUUCCAUCCUAGAGUGACUUAAUGUGUUCUGUGACUUCAGGUGUCUUUGUUCCUACUGUGACAACAGUGCCAGUUAGUACAGACCUGCUUCCAUUGAUGCUUCGAGCAGUUAUGCUUCUGAAUGCCUCUCCAGAGGGUGGUGUGAAGGAGCAAUUACCUGAUUAUGGGCCAAGGGUGGGAAAAGAGUGGGGACACAUUUGCUCCUCCAGAACUGAGUUUUUAAGCUAAAAAACCCCUGAGUUCUUGAAGAAGGGGAGGAAAAGCACUGGAUCAUUAUAAGCUGUUGAAAUUUGUUAGUCCAACUGUGGGCUUUUUAAAAAAAAAUUGGUUGUUAAAAGUGUCA